UCUCUUCCCGCCAGGUGGUGAACGCACCGUCGGUCGGUCGAUUCCACUGUCCUUGCUGCACCUGGUAGAGUAAAAAAGAUGCAGUCAAAUUUGUGGAUACGCGUAAUUCCAGCACUGAGGUCCAGCACGCUGCAGCGUUCUGCCUGCGCAGGUGUCUCUGUGCCAGGAGCUCAAAAAUGCCACCACAGGAAGUACUCCAGCAGUGCAGAAGAGCAUGACCUAGUUGUGAUCGGCGCAGGCCCUGGUGGUUACGUAGCAGCCAUCAAGGCAUCCCAACUAGGACUAAAGACAGCAUGUAUAGAGAAAAACGACACACUGGGUGGCACAUGUCUCAACGUAGGCUGCAUUCCCUCAAAAGCACUGCUUCACAAUUCACAUCUUUACCACUUGGCACAUUCAAACGACUUCCCCAGCAGGGGUAUCGAAGUGGACAACGUACGUCUUAACCUUGGAAAGCUCAUGGAGCAGAAGAGUUCCGCCGUGAAAGCACUCACCGGAGGCAUUGUUCACCUUUUCAAACAGAACAAGGUCACACGGGUUCAAGGCCAUGGCAAAAUUACUGGCAAGAAUGAAGUCACCGCACUAAAGCCAGAUGGCAGCCAGGAGGUAUUGAAGACUAAGAACAUCUUGAUAGCCACUGGUUCUGAAGUAACACCUUUUCACGGAAUUCAGGUUGAUGAAGAUACUAUCGUGAGUUCUACGGGAGCACUUAGCUUGAAAGAAGUCCCAAAGAAGAUGAUUGUUAUUGGAGCUGGUGUCAUUGGGCUUGAGCUGGGCUCCGUGUGGUCCCGGCUGGGAGCAGAAGUGAUUGCCGUUGAGUUCUUGGGCCACAUUGGAGGCAUGGGUAUCGACAUGGAGAUUGCCAAGAAUUUCCAACGGAUCCUCACCAAGCAAGGCCUCAAGUUCAAGCUGAACACUAAAGUGCUUUCUGCAAACCGAUCUGUGGGUGGAAAAAUUAUUGUCAGCGUUGAAGACGGCAAAGAUGCUUCUAAGAAAGAGGAUCUGGACUGUGACGUGCUCCUGGUGUGCGUCGGACGACGACCGUACACGGAAAACCUUGGCCUGGAAGAAGUUGGAGUUCAGAAAGACGAACGGGGACGCAUCAAGGUCAACAGUCGGUUCCAGACAAAUGUUCCAAACAUCUAUGCCAUUGGUGACUGUGUUCCUGGCCCCAUGUUAGCUCACAAGGCUGAAGACGAAGGUAUUGUGUGUGUGGAAGGCAUCAUUGGUGGCCCAGUACAUAUUGACUACGACUGUGUGCCUUCCGUGAUCUAUACUCAUCCUGAGGUGGCGUGGAUUGGGAAAUCCGAAGAACAGCUCAAAAACGAGAACGUUGCCUACAAAGUUGGAAAAUUCCCCUUGGCAGCAAACAGCAGGGCAAAAACCAACAAUGAAACGGAUGGCCUGGUGAAAAUUGUCGCCGACAAGCAGACUGACCGAAUACUUGGAGCACACAUGAUCGGCUGGAGCGCCGGCGAAAUCAUCAACGAAGCGGCGCUGGCACUGGAGUACGGAGCUUCCGCGGAAGAUGUUGCAAGAGUCUGUCAUGCCCACCCUACUGUCUCCGAAGCUUUCAGGGAAGCAAACCUGGCAGCAUACUUUGGCAAGGCCAUAAACUUUUAAAUGUCCGUGCCCAGUGUGGUACGAACCCUUCUUAGAAACAAAACCAUUGCGGUUGCAGCUCUUGCAAGAGAUCUUCUGACCUCCCAGACGAGGUCUCCAGAGCUGCCCAGUCAAUGUGCACUGUAUAGUUUGAUGAUGUAACGUCCUAGGUGUUGAAGAUGCAAAGAUUUUGUUAUUGGAGACUGAGAAAUAAAAUUGGUAAGUGAGGCGGCGACAGCA